CAUCAUUCUACUUGAAACCCCACACGGUGUACGAAUACAUGCAAUUGACAAAAUACAUCCCUGGCCUCAAUAAUUAAUUCACCAUCACAACAACAAGAACAAGUAGCUACCUAGCGCAGCAACACAAAGAGAAAAGAAAUUUUUCAAAAGAACUAUCAAUAAAGUACUUUGGAAUAUUAGAAAAAAAAUUAAAGUGAGAAGAAUUAAUGGAAAGGGGUGAAGAAAGAAAUCAGUUAAACAACUACUUAUCUUUCUCAUCAUCAACCGCAGCAAAUAGUAUCCAUGAAUUGGGAUUUGUACACUUUGCAGAUCAUAACUUGAGCUUUUUAGCUCCUUCAUCACAAUCUUCUCAGUCUCUUCAAGCUGCCGCAGCCGCCAACGUAAGUGUUACGCCAUCCGCCGCCAUCAACACAAAUAACGUUACCGGUGGUCUAGGGUUUAGCCACAAUGAAUUACUUGUCAAUAGACCAUCUUGGAACAACAACGACCAGGUGGAAACAGUAGAUCCCAAGGGUAUUAUUGACGAAAAUUGCAGCGGUAAUGCCAGUGAGGGUAACAAUUCAUGGUGGAAGAGUUCAUCUUCAGACAAAGGAAAGGUGAAGAUAAGGAGAAAGCUAAGAGAACCAAGAUUUUGUUUCCAAACAAGGAGUGACAUUGAUGUUCUUGAUGAUGGAUAUAAAUGGAGAAAAUAUGGUCAGAAAGUUGUCAAGAAUAGCCUUCAUCCCAGGAGUUACUAUCGAUGUACACAUAGUAAUUGUAGAGUGAAGAAAAGAGUUGAAAGACUAUCAGAAGAUUGCCGUAUGGUAAUAACUACGUAUGAAGGUAGACAUAACCAUUCUCCUUGUGAUGAUUCUAACUCUUCUGAUCAUGAUUGUUUCACCUCUUUCUAGAAUUAUUAUUAUUAUUGUUAUUCUGUAUAUACUACCUACCCCUUUCAAACCAUAUAUUAGUAUUAUUAUUAUAGCUUUAUUAUAAGGAACUACUACAACAACAACAAUGUCACAACGAAUCAUAUAUAUAUAUUGUGCCUAGCUUCAUGUUGCUAUGGUGAAUUUUAA